AUGUUUCAACCUUACAAUCUUACUCCCUUUGACCAUUAUGCGCCUACAGGGCAUUUCCAUUUUUCUCUCACAUUUAGCUUGGUCGACAAGAAUCGUAUCCAGGCCAUUCAGCGAAUGGAGGAUGCAGUGGAUCGUCUAGUCUGCAGAUUCCCCUUCUUGGCUGGGAUGGUGACGCCAUCUACCGAGCCAGAUGGUAGAAGCAACGUACUUCGGGUGCGGCCUGCCACUGCUGCCGAGCUUGAAGAGUAUCCUAUUUUGGUCACUCAGAAUCAUCCAGAAUCCAUCGCUCUUGUCGUGGAUGGGAAAUUCAACCCUGUCUUGGCGCCCUUCCCAAUCGUCUACCCACCACGUCAUCCUUCCCCUGUGCUCCGGUGGAAGGCAAAUGUGAUUGGAGACAAGUUGCAAAUGGUCUGGUGUUUUCAACACCAGACAAUGGAUGGAUCGGGAUUUUUUACUUUGUUCUCUGCUUUCGCCGCGUUCUGUAAUGAUCUAAAUGCCCCGGGACCAUUCACAACAGCGCAUGCACAAGAAGAAAUAAGGCAGCUUAUCAAUGAUAUUGCAUCUACAGCCACACCUCGAGAUCUCAAUUGGACGCUCUUUCCUGUCCCAACAAGCGAAGACGAAGUACCCACAGACUAUAGCCGAAUGCCUAUCAAUUCUUCCCAUGUACUCGAUGGUCAAAAGAUAAAAAUUCUGCACGAUGCUUGCAAUUCAGCUUUGCAGUCUCUUCCUGAGGAAUUCAGGAAGGAUCAUCCCGAGAUUUCCCUUCCGCAGAGCCUGGUCGUCAGCGCGCUGCUGGGCAUAUGUACCAGUCGCGCCCGCUUGAGGGCUUUCCCCGAUCAGAAGGAGCCCUCAUCCGAGAUGUUCAUUGUGGAGAAUACCAGGAAGACACUCAAUUUGCCUCGGCGAUAUAUCGGUAACGCUAUCUUGGGCUCCAAAAGCCCGUGCAAUGGCUUUGUGGACCCUCCACCUGGAGUCUUGCAAGAUAUCCAUGUGCCAGAAUCUCUUAGUCCGGUGGGGCCGGAAGAUAUCUGGCGGCUUUGCAACGUUGCCCAGACUCUUCAGGAAGCAUCCAGAACCCUGGACAAACAGAGUAUAGAGGGCAUAAUUGCAAAUAUGUCCCAAAAAAGUGAUUGGGGUUCAUUCCUACCCGGAUGGGGUGAGAAUUUCCUUGUGUCUGAUAUCAGUUCAGGAUCGCCUUAUAUGAACUUUGGGCCACUCGGAGACCUUCAGUUAUUCGACAUGCAUUUCGAUUCAUUUUCCGGAUGCUGUUGGAUAAUGGCUAAUCUUCCGUCUGACAUUGCAUCUCCAUAUCCAUGCUGGAGAUUACGAUGGGUUUUGGAACGGGCGGCGAUGAAUUGUCUAUCGAGUGACCCCCUUUUCCAAUGGGCUACAACUCCUAGUACAGCACUCAGUUACGUCGAAGUUUGA